CCUGCCCAUCGGCUCUAGUGUGGAAACUGCGGCGAACCUGACCGCGAACGCUAGAGAGGCGGAGCGGAGAGGUGAUGUCACCGUCGCGGGGCGGAGGCGACGAUGUCUGCGAAGAGGCUCCACGCGGUGGAACGCCGGCAGCUGCGCCCAGAAUCAAUCUGAGUCCCCGCCACCGCCUUUCCCUCUUGUCCGCCCACUGCGCGUCCGGAGCAGAGAUGGCAGACGAUCUUGGAGACGAGUGGUGGGAGAACCAGCCGUCAGGAGCAGCCAGCAGCCCAGAAACAUCAGAUGGUGAAGAAGAAGGAGGAGACACAGAAAUGAUGCAGCAGGAGACAGCUCCAGUUCCUGCCCCAUCAAAGAAAACCAAACAGCCUAAAGAAUGUUUCCUGAUACAACCAAAGGAAACAAAAGAGGAGGCCACGAAGACCAGGAGGAGGAAAAAGAAGAAAAUUACUGAUGUUCUUGCAAAAUCAGAACGAAAACCAGGGACACCUGAAAACCUACAGAAGCUGAUGAAGGACUAUUAUAGCAGCAAUCGCUCAGUGAUUGAAUUAGAAGAACUGAACCUACCAGAUUCCUGUUUCCUCAAAGCCAAUGACUUGACUCACAGUCUUUCAUCCUACCUGAAAGAAAUCUGUCCUAAGUGGGCAAAGCUUCGGAAAAACCACAGUGAGAAGAAAUCGGUCCUGAUGCUGAUUAUCUGCAGCUCUGCGAUCCGAGCCCUGGAGCUCAUUAGGUCGAUGACUGCAUUCAAAGGAGACAGCAAAGUUAUGAAAUUAUUUGCAAAACAUAUAAAGAUCCAGGAGCAGGUAAAGUUGCUGGAGAAGCGUGUGGUUCACCUGGGCGUAGGAACUCCAGGGAGGAUCAAAGACCUCGUUAAACAAGGUGCCCUUAAUUUGAACCCCUUAAAGUUUCUGGUUUUUGACUGGAACUGGAGAGAUCAGAAGUUGAGGAGACUGGUGGACAUUCCCGAGAUAAGAAAGGAGGUUUUUGAACUUCUGGAAAUGGGAGUACUCAGUCUGUGCAAAUCAGAAUCUUUGAAGCUGGGCCUUUUCUAAGUUUGGGUCCAAAUGAAGAUCCCAUUUUUCACGGUGGAAUUUACAUCUCUAUUUAAUGACCCUGGCACAUUGGGCUCGCUCUCUAAAUAUCAGCUAUCAUUUUAUUAACUGCAUCACCAGAUGGAUCACUGAGAAUGUCUGACUUUGAGGAUUCUUUGACCGAAAUCAGUCUGUCUUUUUGCCAACGCCCUUCCUUGCAUAAUAAAGUAUCAGAGGUGGGUGUGAUUUUUGUUCAGCAGACUAAGUCUUUUUCUCACUGACUGGCCUCUGAUGUGAUUGUGCAGAAGGGAAAGGGCAGCAGGGCGACCUUAGGCAAGUCCCUUACCUCUCUAAGCCUCAAUUUCAUCAGCUGUGAAAUGGGAGUGAUCUCUCAUGGGACUGCUGAGGAUUCCAUGAGAUGGUACAUGUGGAACAGCUUUGUAAUCUGUGAAGCAUGGUCUUGGCUGAAAGGUAGCAGUGGUAGCGGUAUAAAGACUUACAAGUGUAAGAGAUACAUUUUAAGUGUGUAAAAGAAAACAAUGUAACUAUAGCUCUCUUACUCGUUUGCUUUUUUAAACUUUUAUAUUUUGCAAUAAUUUUAGACUUGAAGGACAGUUGCAAAAAUAGUACAAAAAAUUCCCAUACAGCUUUCACCUAGCUUCCCCCAAUGUUAACAUCUUACAUAACCAUAGUACAGUUAUCAAAACUACGAAAUCAACAUUGGUACAAUGCGAUUAACUAAACUACAGACUUUAUUUGUAUUUCACCUGUUUGUCCACUGAUGUCUUUUUCUAUUCAGGAUCCAAUCCAGGAUACCACGUACCUCCUUAGUUUUCUCAAAUCAAUGCCAGUUCCUCAGUGUUUCCUUGUCUUUCAUGACCUUGACACUUUUGAAGGGUAUUUUGUAGAAUGUUUCUCAAUUUGGGUUUGCCUAUUGUUUUCAUGAUAGAUUGAGGUUAUGCAUAUUUGGCCAAAAUACCACAGAAGAGCUAUGUCCUUCUUGAUGCAUCAUAUCCAGGGGUAAAAAUUAAUGUUAUGUCUUAUUAUUGGUUAUGUCCACCUUGAUGACUUGGUUAAGGUGGUAUCUGCCAGGAUUCUCCACUGUAAAGUCACUGUUUUUCCCUUUAGAAUAAAUAACUAUCUUGGGGUAUGUUAUGGGUUGAAUUGUGUCCCCAGAAAAGAUGUUGAAGUCCUAAUUUCCAACACCUGUGAACACGGUCUUUACGAAUGUAAAGUUAAGACAAGGCCACUAGGACAGACCCUAAUCCAACAUGAUUGGUGCCCUUAUAAGAAAACAAGAAGAG